CCCGGAAGAGGCGAGGGCCGGGCAAGGAGGUGUUCUCUGUCGCUUCCACGCCUCUGUCUCCAUGGCGCUGUGGCGCGGCUCCGCGUACGCUGGCUUCCUGGCGCUCGCGGUGGGCUGCGUCUUCCUGCUGGAGCCGCAGCUGCCAGGGUCGGCCCUGCGCUCGCUGUGGAGUUCGCUGCAGCUGGGGCCGGCGCCCGCGCCCCCCGGAGCCGGCUCCCCUGAGGGCCGGUUGGCAGCCGCCUGGGACGCGCUCAUCGUGCGGCCGGCUCGGCGUUGGCGCCGCGUGGCCGUGGGCGUCAAUGCAUGUGUAGACGUAGUGCUGUCAGGGGUGAAGCUCUUGCGGGCACUUGGCUUGAGCCCUGGGAAUGGGAAAGAUCACAGCGAGCUGCGUUCGAGGAAUGAUCUAGAAGAAGCCUUCGUUCACUUCAUGGGGAAGGGAGCAGCUGCUGAACGCUUCUUCAGUGAUAAGGAAACUUUCCAUGACAUCGCCCAGAUUGCAUCAGAGUUCCCGGAAGCCCAGCACUAUGUAGGAGGAAAUGCAGCUUUAAUUGGACAGAAGUUUGCAGCCAACUCAGAUUUAAAGGUUCUUCUUUGUGGCCCAGUUGGUCCAAAGCUGCAUGAGCUUCUUGAUGACAAUGUAUUUGUCCCACCAGAGUCAUUGCAGGAAGUGGAUGAGUUCCACCUCAUUUUAGAGUAUCAAGCAGGGGAGGAGUGGGACCAGUUAAAAGCUCCCCAUGCCAACCGGUUCAUCUUCUCCCACGACCUCUCCAACGGGGCCAUGAAUAUGCUGGAGGUCUUUGUGUCUAGCCUGGAGGAGUUUCAGCCAGACCUGGUGGUCCUCUCUGGAUUGCACAUGAUGGAGGGACAGAGCAAGGAGUUCCAGAGGAAGAGGCUCUUGGAGGUCGUGACCUCCCUUUCUGACAUCCCUACGGGUGUUCCAGUUCACCUGGAGCUGGCCAGCAUGACCAACAAGGAGCUCAUGAGCAACAUCAUGCACCAGUCUUUCUCAGCAUCAGGGUCUUUUCCAAGGAGUCAUUUCUUCACAUCAGGUGGCGAAAGUAUUGGAGCUUCAGCAUCAAUCCUUACACAUGUGGAGGUUGGAAGUGAAUGCCUUUUGCAGUGGAACCCAAAGGAGAAAACCAAAAACCCAACCCCAGUGCUUUCAGCUGAACUUCAGGAAGCUCAGAGAAAGGAAAUUUGGGGGACGCUACACUCCCUCGUCAUCAGGCCCCCAGGUGUUCAGCCUUUGGACAGUAACAAUGAUCAGAUAAGUCCAAGAGUGGGAUGUUUGGGAGCACAGAUUUUGAAAACCAGGAUUGGAAUGCCAGCUUUGCCUGCCACUCUGUAGCUCUGUGAACUUAGGCAGGUUAGUUAACCUCUUGUUUUUUAACAUCUUUCAUGGGUAACAUAUGGUUCAAAAUUCACAAAAUAUUAAAAGAUGCACAAUGAAAUCUCCCUCCUGCCCUUGUACCCACUGUUAGUAACCUCCUUAAGAGUUUUGUCUCAUCCCUCCAGAGUCAUUGUGUGCAUAUGUAAGCAAAUAGGGAAUACAACCUUAUUAUUUCAUCCCUCUUUUUCCCAACAGAUAGCACAGCACACUGCAUAGACUGUUGUACACUUUGCUUUUUUCCACUGGAUGCAUUUUGGAGAUGUUUUCUCUGUCAUCAGCCUCCCCACCGCCACGUGGGUAGAAGCUGCGGUGGUGCACACAGGGUCUUUAGUGCCAGCCAGAGCCAAGUGUUGGGCUCACUGCCCUUUUCUGCUCCUACAGUGAAUAACCUUUUACAUGAGUUUAACUUGACCCAUGACCAGGUACAUGUGGAUGAUACCUUCUCAGAAGUUGAACUGCUAGAUUGGGGGCAUAAAAAUCAUUUGUCAGUUUGAUCCUGCAAAGCUGGCAUCCAUGAGCACAGCACAGGUUUACUUCUACUAGAAUUCUUUACAGUGCUCUUUUCCUCAUAUCUUUGCUGCUGAAACGUGAUUUUUAAAUGUGCUUUCUUACCCGUCUGACAUGUGAAACGUGCUUAGGGCAGUUUUAGGCUCAAGCAGAAGUGAGCAGGAUGUAGGUUCCCACAUAGCUCUUGCACCCCCCGCCCCCAGCCACAGCCUCCCCCGUCCGCAGAUGGGACAUUUGUCACAGUCAGUGAACCAACACUAAGUCGUCGUCAUGUAGAGUCCAUAGUUUACAUCAGGGUUCACGCCUGGUGCUUUUCAGUAUGAUUUUUAUUCAUGUAUUUCUCUUCUUGAGGUUAUUUUUUCACUUCUUUAAAAAGCCAUGUUUGUUUCAUUUUCUGCAUUGCUAUCUACCUGACCUUUCUAAGCCUCUGUCCCCUUAUCUGUAAGGUGGAGGCAACCCUUCCUUCCUUCAGAGUGUUACAGCAAGAAGUGAGUGAAAUAGAGCCGUUAGCUUGGCAUCUGACAUAGACCAUGCGGCAAAUGGAAGUGCUGUUACAUUAGCACCCCUGGUUUUUAUAUAAACACACACAGGGCUCCUCUGCAAAGACACUCACUUUCUGCAGGUCCCUGCUCUGAGAAAGGAAGUGCUAAGUAAGACAGACAGUGAGGUGGACAUCGUGGUUCCCCUCAAGGUAGAAGACCUGGCUCCUGUUCGUUGCCUUUUUCCACAGUGUUAUUAUCGCGUAACGGUCUUCCUAACCCACACCUGCUCAAAAAACUUAGAUCUGAUACGGGGCACUCUCCUCGCAACCCUGGCCGAGGGGUGGGCUCUUCUCCACUGUGCGUGUGUAACACCUGCUGGUGUUCGGGAGCUGAGUCAGGCCCCGUCAGUGGUGAGAGGCUCUGCUGCCCGUGCCAGAGCAGAGGCUGGGCACACUGCUUUGUCCUCAGCGUGUACCCGGAGGCUGGCUCUAAUACAGCAUCACUGCGCCUUCCCCGUGACUGCGCUUGAUACUGCGAGUGGGGAUAGAGGUGCGAGAGCCAGGACAGUGACCUUGGUCCGUCACUUGGUGACCUCAGGGGCAGGGAAGUCCUCUGGCCCUGCCUUCCAUCACUGGCCAUGUCCUAGGAGAGUUAGGAGCUAGGUGUCCAUCAGAAAGAGACCCCCAUUUUGUUUC